AUGUCUUACCAGCAGCAGCAGUGCAAGCAGCCCUGCCAGCCACCUCCUGUAUGCCCACCGAAGUGCCCAGAGCCAUGCCCACCCACAAAGUGCCCUGAGCCAUGCCCACCCCCAAAGUGCCCGGAGCCAUGCCCACCACCAAAGUGUCCUGAGCCAUGCCCACCCCCAAAGUGCCUGAAGCCAUGCCCACCACCAAAGUGCCCUGAGCCAUGCCCACCUCAGCUGUGCCAGCAGCAAUGCCCACCUGUGCAACCUCCUCCGCCAUGCCAGCAGAAGUGCCCACCCAAGAGCAACUAA